AUGGCGGAGAAAUCGCCAACACUCCAGAAAGGCAGUCCGGAUAACUCGCCAGAUACCGAGAAAGUAGAGAUGAGCCAUAUCGAGGAGGUCCAUACCAACGAGCGUGUCCCCGACCAUGCGAACUAUCACGAAAAGAACGGCUCGCCAGCCUACGGCAAUGAGGCGGAUCAUGACCACCCAAAGCCAAUGAGCUUCGCCAGGAUGAUGUCGCUGAUAGCGAUGGCCUUUCUGUGGAAUGGCAGCCAGAUUCCAGUAUACCUCUUUGGUGCCGUACCACCUUACAUCUAUGGCGACAUUGGCGGGACCGAUCGCUGGGUCUGGUUCGUUCUCGCAAAUCUGCUCUCGCUCGCUGCAGUAUGCCCGUUCGUGGGCAGUAUCAGUGACCUGAUCGGGAGGAGAUAUGUCGCGCUAAUUGGCGCCAGUCUCCUGGUGAUAGGCAUGAUCCAAUUCAUCUGCUCGACCGUCCACGAUAUGAACUACUUCAUCUGCGGCAUGGUGUUCGCCGGCGCCGGAGCUGGCAUCAACGAGCUUACAGCACUCGCGGCCACAUCAGAGCUCACUCCCACGGCCAAGCGCGGAAAGUACGUGGCGGUGGAUACCAGUAUCCCUGGGGCAGCGCUCACGUCCGGGUUCCGCUGA